UAAUGUCAGAGAAGCUCCUCCAACUCUCUACUUCCCGGCGCCUCCGUCCGGCGCUGCCUUUUCUCUCCAGCGCCGCUAUCUGCCGCCCCUGUGCAUGCAUAGUCGCGGCUUAGGCCUUCUCAGUGCCCCGCAUCGCCGGCCGCCGUCACCGCCGUGCAUCGUUUCCGACAGAAUAAGUAAAGGUUGCGAUUUUAGUGAUGGUUUUGGGUUGUGGGGCUGUCACCGUUGGCGACGGGGUUCCGAAGCUUGCUGCCGGAGAUCCGGCCGAUUUGCACUUCUAAGAUAAGUCCUCAUAUCUUGCUAAGAAUUACUCCCUCAAUCCCAUUAAAUAUAAAAUAUUUUCUUUUUAGAUUGUCCCACUAAAAAUGAAAUAUUUCCUAAAAUGGAAAUAACUUUAUCUCUACUUUUUCAUCUCUCUUAAUUUACUUUCUCUUCGUUAACACACAAAACAAUUCUAUAUAAAAUCACGUGCCGAUUCACAAAUGUCUCAUAUUUAAUGGGACGGAGGGAAGUAUUAUUCUAUAUUUUUGGGUUGUUUUGGAUCUAAGUUAUUUGGGCAGAGUCUUGUUCUAAAAUAGAAGUGCUUAGAGUUUUCCUUAAUGAUGUAGUAUGGAGUGUUGUUGGACUGUGGGACUUGAUCCUUAAAUUAUCUUCAACUCUCCUUUCUCGUAUCCUAUAUUUUUUGUGUGGUGUGAAGAGAAUUUGGGAAUGUUUGAUAGAGAUGGGUGGCCUAAAAUGGACAGAUUUGGGGUUUAUAUCCUUGUCGUACCGUUGUCUUGCAAGUUGCUAUCCAUAUUUGAAUGUCAGGGAUAUCUUUCCUUUUUGGUGAUCCAAUGGCCAGAAUGUGUUUUGAGAAUCGAGGGAGCAUGUGAGGCUUUGAUCUCUCUGGUUUGAAAUCAAAGCCUCACAUGCUCCCUCGAUCUCCACCGUCUGUCAGUCCUACUCAAUACUGCUAUUGGAUUUCAUUUGAUUUUCCCAAAUCUAUGUACAGAUUUCAUUAAUAGCCAAUGUAUUUUACUCUAUCUUCAUAAAUACUACCUUAAUUUGAUGUUGCAAAAAGAUUUCAUUUGAGUCUCGGUAUAAAUUACUGAUUUACUAACUUUUCUAACUAUGUUCUUAGGUAGGAAAUAACUCAUCUGGAGAACAUUGACUAUUCUCAUAUGAUGUAUUGUACUUCCUUGGAUUGUGAGCAUGGAGUCGAACGGGCUGACCGGAACUUGCAUCUCUCUCUAAUUGUAAUAGACUAGGAUCCUAUCAUAAGACUUUAUCAAAAUGUGCUACACAUUACAACUUUUAUUUGGUUCUCUUCUUUUAGUUGUACUGGUAAUCUUCGUGGGAGAACAAAACAACUACUACUAAUGAUUAUUUUUAAAUAUUUAUAGGGGCAAUAACUAUCACAUAUUUAAAAUUAUUUAGUUAAACUAAUAUUACUAAUAAUAAGUUUGGGUCGUUACAUUAUAAUUGCGAAAAAACCAACUUUAUAUUCACUUAAUAAUUGAAAAAAAAAGUGAAAAUGUGGAAAUUAGUGUUUGUAGAGCGAGAAAAAAGGGUGGGGGAGAAGGGAGCGGUUCAAGUGCAAUGCAGAUAUAUGCGUGAUGACCACUAUCAUCAAUUAACCAUAUUAUUCUUGUUUCUCUCUCUAGAUUUUGAUUCCGUACAUGGUUAGGGUCUGAAUUCGUUGAACAAUGGGAAGAAACCGUUGCUGCACUUUCUACGAGCAUUUCUGGUAAUUGGAGAGAGAGAGAGAGACAGGAAGCAGAGAUAGUUAGAAUGAGCGCUUCCAGAUUCAUCAAGUGUGUGACGGUGGGCGAUGGUGCGGUUGGAAAGACAUGUCUCUUGAUUUCCUAUACCAGCAACACCUUCCCCACGGAUUAUGUGCCUACUGUGUUUGAUAAUUUCAGUGCCAAUGUUGUCGUUAAUGGAGCCACUGUUAACCUAGGCCUGUGGGAUACUGCUGGGCAGGAGGACUACAACAGAUUACGGCCUUUGAGUUAUCGUGGAGCUGAUGUUUUCAUUCUGGCAUUUUCGCUUAUCAGCAAGGCAAGCUAUGAAAAUGUUUCCAAGAAGUGGAUUCCCGAAUUGAAGCAUUACGCUCCUGGUGUCCCUAUAGUUCUUGUUGGCACAAAACUUGAUCUUCGGGAUGAUAAGGAGUUCUUCGAAAAUCAUCCAGGCUCUGUACCAAUCACCAAUGUACAGGGGGAGGAGCUGAGGAAAUUGAUUGCAUCUCCUUCUUAUGUUGAAUGUAGUUCAAAAACACAAGAGAAUGUGAAAGCAGUUUUUGAUGCUGCGAUUAAAGUUGUUCUCCAGCCACCCAAGCAAAAGAAAAAGAAGGGAAAGGCUCAAAAAGCAUGUUCAAUAUUAUGAUCAGCUUAAGGUGAAGAUAUACGUUCCAUGCCAUCUACGUCCUUUUCUCUUCCUUUUGUGUAAGAAGUAGGAAAUCGCCUUGUAUUCGUCUGCCCAAAGUAUUACUGAUCUAUGUGAAAGUGCAUGUGGCUUAAAUCUACGUAGUGCUUUUGGUUUUUGAAUUACUAGGUCGAACUUUUUGGCCACUUCAUUGUGCCCCUGCCUGUUUUCCUUCGUUUUAUUUAUGUAUCAAUCAGACAUAAAACUAUGAUGUUAGCUAGUAUUAAGGCUUCUUUAA